GGAGCGAGAAGGACACCACAUUCAUAAACAAUCUUCGACAGGGCUUAUCAACGUCGAAAGGACAUGGCUGGUAAAAGUGCGUUGUUGCGAAAUACUUUAAUCCAAAAAGGACCUCGUGUUUCCUCGGUUUCCUUUUGGGUUCCACUGCAAGAACGCAAAUACGCCACCAACAGCGGCACACCGGAGGCAUCCCAGCUCGAACGGAUCCGCGAGCGAUUGGAAAGUGGUCCAAACUUUCAGGACUUUGUGCAGAAUCCGGACUACAACCGAGAGGACUGGUCGGCGUACGAAGGCAAGCUGCGGCGUGAGAAGGGUGAGAAUGAGCGACUUCGCUUACCACCGUGGCUCAAGACGAAGAUUCCGAUGGGUAAGAACUUUACCCGCAUCAAGGAGCAGCUGCGCGAGCUGAAGCUGGCCACCGUGUGCGAGGAAGCCAAGUGUCCGAAUAUCGGCGAGUGCUGGGGUGGCGGAGAGCAUGGCACCCAGACGGCCACUAUUAUGCUGAUGGGUGAUACUUGCACCCGAGGAUGUCGAUUCUGUAGCGUCAAGACAGCUCGCGCCCCACCACCACUCGAUCCGGAUGAACCAGUAAACACGGCCACGGCCAUCGCCUCGUGGGGUUUGGAUUAUAUCGUGCUCACGUCGGUCGAUCGGGACGAUCUACCGGACGGUGGAUCAAAGCACAUUGCAGCAACGAUCGCCGAGAUUAAGCAACGGAAUCCGCGUAUUUUUGUCGAAUGUCUAGCGCCCGACUUCCGCGGUGAUACGGAGUGUAUCGAAACGGUGGCCCUGUCCGGGCUGGACGUGUACGCCCACAAUAUCGAAACGGUCGAAGCACUGACACCGUUCGUGCGUGAUCGACGGGCCCGUUAUCGGCAAAGUUUGGAGUGUCUCGCCGCCGUCAAGCGCUUCAAUCCGAAUCUCAUAACCAAAUCCUCGAUUAUGCUCGGUUUGGGCGAGACCGACGAACAGGUGGAGCAAACGAUGAAUGAUCUGAGAUCGGUCGGUGUCGACUGUCUUACGCUCGGCCAGUACAUGCAACCAACCACACGCCACCUGAAGGUGAUCGAGUACGUCACGCCGGAAAAGUUCCAGCACUGGGAGGAACGGGGCAAAGCGCUCGGUUUUCUGUACACCGCCAGUGGUCCACUCGUGCGCAGCUCGUACAAGGCGGGUGAAUUUUUCAUCAGCAGCAUUCUGAGAAAGCGCGCCGAGGCUACGACGUCGGCUGCAAAGGUCAAAGACGGAAUCGACGUGACGAACGAAGGAGGAAAACACCCCCAUCCGUAGAAGUAAUAGCGACUUGGUCGUUCUGUUUUUAGUGCAAUAAAUGUUGAUUUCUUUUAAGGAAUAGCCUUAGCAUGCGCUACUA